AUGAAAGAAGCCAUCAUCGACAAGACCGUCACGGUCACAAUUCGCGAUGUGGAGAUCCCAACUCCUCAGCCAGGCCAAGUCCUCAUUAAAGUCGUGGUAUCCGGUACAAACCCAAAAGAUUGGAAAUUACCCAAAUGGCAACCCGACAAUGUCAUGAACCAAGGCGACGACAUCGCAGGCUACGUCGAGGCAGUCGGCGAGGGAGUCCAGAAGUUCCGCAAGGGCGAUAAAGUAGCAGCGUUCCACGAGAUGAUGAGUCCUCAUGGAAGUUAUGCGGAAUACGCCAUUGCAUGGGAGCACACCACCUUCCACCUCACCGAGAAGACUAGCUUUGAGGAGGCUGCCACCAUCCCUCUCGCGGGUAUGACUGCAGCGUUGGGCUUGUACCAAGAGCUCAAACUCCCUCUUCCCUGGAGCCCAGCGGAGAAGCCCACUCCUCUUGUUAUCUACGGUGGCGCCAGCGCAGUAGGUGCAUUCGCCAUCAAAUUUGCCAAGCUCUCAAACAUCCACCCGAUCAUUGCGGUGGCAGGCAAGGCCGCGCCCUUUGUCGAGGGUCUUCUUGAUUCAUCAAAGGGAGACACCAUCGUCGACUACCGUGAAGGCGACGAGGCUGUUCGCUCGAAGAUCAGAGCUGCUGCCAAGGGUUUGCCGGUGCACUACGCCUAUGAUGCUGUGUCUGAAAAGGGAAGCUACGCUAACUUGGGCGCUGCAUUGACCAAACCUGGAGUCAUUACGACUGUGUUGCCUACCGAGAGUGACGAGGCCGCGGACGGCAUUGCAAUUCGUCGCACGAUGGUCGGGUCUGUUCAUAUGCCUCCCGCGGAGGGAAAGACUUUGGGUGAUAAGGAGUUUGGAGCUGCAUUCUUCCAGUUUAUUGGACGUGGAUUGGCGCAGGGUUGGUUCUCUGGACACCCGUAUGAAGUGCGAAAGGGUGGACUUGGUGGUGUUGAGGGAGCAUUGAAAGAUUUGGAGGCUGGAAAGGCGUCUGCCAUUAAAUAUGUUAUGAGGAUUGCAGAGACAGAAGGUGUCCUGCAGUAA